CGAGUUCCAACUAGCACUUGAACGCGACAUAAAUUCAGAAAGUCUUCACGCUCUCUCCCAACUAAAAUAGUUUCUACUGGAUUUUGCACCGACUCGGAUAAAUUAUUUAUUCUCGGGAUAACAAUAAGAUCGUGCAGAAACAUGCCUGACAAGAACAGUCGGCUGCGUCAGGCUCAGGAAGAGGCGGAGGAGGUGAAGGUCAUCAUGAUGGACAACAUGGAGAAGACCGAGGAACGCAAGGCGAAACUGCAGGACCUUGACAAAAGGGCUGAGGAACUGAAGUUCAAAAGCAAGUCCUUCCACAAGACCUCAAUGAAGGUGAAGGAGCAGAAGAAAUGUGACAACAUCAAGGCCAAAUGGAAGCUCAUUGCUGUUGUUGCAGCCUCGGCCAUAAUUGUCAUUCUAGUAGCUACCUUCAUGUUGGUCAACAGAUCAAGCCCUGAAAACACACAUGAUAUAGGCAGUAUCCCAAUGAACGAAGGAGGCAUUACACCAACAACCAUUGGGCCUGGGAAGUAGGCUAUAGCCUAGAAUCAAUAGGGCUGAAGAGGAAACAAAUAGUGGGCACUACUUGAAGUAUACUAAUAUCGGUGAAAGGUAUUUUCUAGCUUCUGUUGUUGAUACUUUACUUGUCCUUGUACACCCAUUGGAGACUACUACAGAUCAAUCAGGGAAGAUAAAUAACUUAUUAGGUGCAUAACUUGUUAAAGAAUUGCAUUAUUCAGAAUCUUGUUGGGAUUACCAAUUAUCUGUAAAAUAUUACAUCUGAUAAUAUUGAAAUCAGAAAAGGUAAGACAUUAGGGGUGAUGAGAUAGGAAAUAGAUCAAAUCUUUCAACAGCAUUUAUAAUGCAUUACUGUACAUCUUGGGAUACAUAACUAAGGUUAACCUGAAUAUAAAAUAGUUGUAUUUUGUAGUUUAUUUGAAAAUACCAUCUUUUCAAAUACUCGUGGCAAUAAUUUCCUUUGAUAUUCAAAUACAGGUCUCAGAAAAAAAUUCUGUAUUUUGAAUACGUCUUUCAGAAAAUACUGCAGAGAAAUAGCUAUUUUUUGAAUAAAAAUAUUUUAUGGUUGCCAAAUAUUUUAGGAAAAACCAAAAACUACAACAGUUGCGUUGAAAUAUAAUGACCAUAAGCACAUGGUUUGGAGGGCUCCUAGAUAUGAAUCUUAAUAUAGCCUAGAAUUAAAUAAAUGAAGGACAUGGAAUCCCCUCAACAUUAGAGUAGACCACUUUUGCAGCUUAAAAAUGACCAACAAAUAUACAGUAUUUUCAUAAUGAUUGAGACAAGGUAAUACAGUAACACUUGACAUCAAGUUCUUAUACAUGUGUAGUAAUUUUGUGACAAUAGCGACAUUGUUGUUACAUAGGACCUUGGAAAUUGCUUUAUAAUUGCACAAUGGAGUUAUUACACAAGUGGAAUAAGGACAGUCAUUAUUCCUUGUGUACAUGAGUUAAAAAUGCAGCUGAUUGCUAUGCAAUUAAAAUGCAAUUACCAAUUAUGUAACAUGCUAAUAAAAUGUUUAAGUUUUAUUACCCAGGCACAAGAACAGUUGUUAAGUGGAAUGCUAAUGGUUACAAAAUAUGGCUAUUAAGUGUCAAAAGGAAACUAAAUAUCUCAAAACUUAAAUAACUAUAGCCAAAAUCAUGUUAGUUUGUAUUCUGAGUAAACUGUCUCUUUAAAUAUGUUAUAGUGUGUGUUUGAAACAACACUUACCCACAGAUGGACAAAGAGUUAAGUUGUUUUUGCUAAGCAUCCAACUUGCUGUUUGCAGAUGGCUUUGAAUUUCUCUGCAGUAAUUUCAGGUGUCAUAAAAUUAAUUGCAACUUUCUACCUUUUCAGUGGCAUGUUGAGUCAGUCGAACGUCAACUGAUUUAUACUUAUCUUUACAAAAUAUCAUUGGUUUGACUUGAUUAUGUACUCCUAUGGCAAUGGACAUUUACAGAAUGUUCAGAUAUAAAAUGUGUUGUGUAUAUCAAAUAUGACUGUCAAAUAGAAUGGUAUAGUAUAGGAGAUUGUGUGCGAGCACUAUUCAUUAUUUAUAUCUUCAACAUGCAGUUGCAGAUAAACUUUGUUAGUUGAAGGCAGACAAUCCAAUAGUUUCUUAAAAAGUAGCCACUUCCUGAGAUCGGUAUUGAAAUAUAAAAACAAGGUACUUGCUUUA